UUUUAAUUAUUAUUGUACAGAUUCAAAAUCAUGGUUCUGUAUGCCUGCCUAACAUGCAAAAAUUUGCAAGUCCUACAAAAUGACAUUUCACUGUACUUUCUAAAUGACAUAUCCACAAGAGCUGCUGCAAUGUUCAGAUUUUCCAUCCUUUACAUUCCUGGUAUAGGCACUAGGAGGAGUGGUCUGGUUUCAGUCUCACUCAUAUAGGUUACAGCUCGUGCGCAAACGUCACGACUCAGACUGAAUCUAAACAGACGGGUGGAGUUUUAAACGUAGCCUACAUAAAAUAGCAUAGGCCUGCUUACUCAGUUUCAACUUUCAACAGUUUGUACUGUCGCCAAUACUGCCACAGGACGCUACUGGACAGAAAACAUUAUGUAAUUGUCUUCAUAACCAAAUAUUUUUGUCUCCUUGAAUAGUGGUGGGCCUGUCGGCUACCGCAGGUUAAUUGACUUCUACCCACAGCGCCUGAAGGAAUGAAACAACAACACUGGGCUUAUUAUAUCAAAACAGUGGACCGAACGUGGGAGGAAACUGUUUGAGAAGUCACUAUAGGCGCGAAGCACGCGCACAGCUGUUGGAUGGGACGAAUUCUUGUGAACCAUGAUACGAGAUUAACUUGUAAAUAGGACAUCGGUCGAAUCGAACUUGGAUUUAAGGAAGAGGACACAUUGACGUCGACUGAGGGAACUGAAUUUUUCCUUGCAGCUUGAGAAACAUUGCAUGCUGAAGAAGCAUGUGGGCUGUUGUUGUCCUGUUCUGUCACAUCUCCCACUAGGAUAGAAUGGCAUUGAUUUUACGCAUGUCAGUCGUGUGGAAUAUCUAUGUACCAUGCGUCACCUGGAUAUUCUUUCACAAGGUUUUUGCGCAGUCAGCAGUCGAAGAGGAACUUUUUAAUUCUAUCGAGAAAGCAGAACUGAAGUGGACAUCUAUACCUAAGAAAGCAUGGAAAGAAAACACAUUUCGACUUGGUUCCAACUCCUAUCACCCAGUUUAUCAGGCGUGCGUGGAAGGCAACGCUCGGCGCUUGGUGACUACUUCGAUUUCUAGAGGUGACGGUCGCGUCAUUUUACUGGAUAUAAAGUUCGCCCAGGAGAUACAACAGGGAGACGGCCCUUUAAUGAUCAGCGUGAGGGAGCCUCGCAGACAACCUAGACUCUUUUCCAGCCUCAAGGCACCUGUAGGAUUUCCGCGAGACUUCAAUUUGACAGUGGUGGAAGCGCACCUUCACAGCGCGCAAGGGGUUAAUAUACCGAGGGUAUCGUCGGACACCUUCCAGUUGGAAUUUUCUUACUCCGGACCCUGUGUGUUCAUCGCUGCUGUGAGGGUAUAUUUUAAACUGUGCCCUGCGUUCCAAGGAAAUCUGACCGAGUUCGGUGCCGUUCCCGCUGGAUCAGGACUCCAGAUCGGCAGGUGUGCUGGUGGAUCUGUUGAGGUCACUCCUCCGCGAAGGGAGUGCGCAGAAGAUGGGUCAUGGGGACCUCUGCAGGGCACGUGUGUGUGUCUGCCUGGUUACCAAGACGCACGAGGUUCCUGUGAAGCUUGCAGGGUUGGAACCUUCAAAGCAACCAAUGGCAGUGGAGAGUGUCACCCGUGUCCCCCAAACAGUAAGAGCCAGACUGAGGGUGCUCUGCAAUGCCCCUGUGUCCAUGGAUACUCAAGGCUGCCCAAGGACCCUGUUGACCUUGGAUGCACAAGACCCCCAUCAGAGCCCGUCAACCUGACGUACAGGCCCCUCAAUGACUCCACCCUCUCUCUGCACUGGGACCCCCCCAAUGACCUCGGUGGACGCCAGGAAGUGACAUACGCAGUGGAAUGCCGGCAGAAAGCUAGCGAGCCGACGAGUUCCGCCACCCCUUGGGCCCUGUGUGGUAACAUCACCCGUGUUCUGCCCCAAAGUCAUCACCUCACGGGCACCGCAGCCAACGUCACGGGUCUGCAGCCCCACUUGGACUACCGGCUAGGGGUGAAGGCCAGCAAUGACCUGGGCUCCAGCUCCUACACCACCACCACCAUCCACAAAUGGAAGGUUCCCGUCAUCAACCCCACCACAACAACAUCCAAUAACACCAACAGGCAGAGUCUUCAGGUGGAGUCUAUGGAACGGGGGUCUCCAUCCCUGCAGCUGCUGGUCGGGGUGUUGGGUGGCGUGGUGCUGCUCGUAGUCCUAGUGCCUGCUGUGUUCGUUCUGUUGCGCAAGAAGUACAAGAGACUCAUGCCUUUCCCAGAGGAGCCGCUGUUGCCAACCCACCCUGUAGUCACUUUCCGACGGCACGGAACACAGUCGGACCCAACACCCUCUCGUGCUCCUCUGCAGGCCCUGGCUGGAGUGAGUGAGAGGCUGCUGUCUGGUCUGAGGGAGGUUCUGGUGGAUCGGGAGAGACUGACACUGGGCAAGGAGCUUGGCAAAGGGGAGUUUGGGUCAGUGUACGAGGCGGUCUUCACUCAAAAGGAGGGCAUACAGAUGAAGGUGGCUGUAAAAACCAUGAGAGCUGGUAUCCACUCUCAGGAGGACCUGGAGACUUUUCUGAAGGAGGCAGAGAUUAUGAGAGAUUUUGACCAUGAAAAUGUUGUCAACUUGCUAGGUGUCAGUCUAGAGCAGGAUGGGGAGUCCUCCAUCCCUGUGCCCCUGGUGAUCCUGCCCUUCCUGAAGCACGGAGACCUGAGGCGUUUCCUAAUCGCUACUCGCUAUGGGGACAUUCCUAUGUUUGUACCCUGCCAGAGUCUCCUGCACUUCAUGGUGGACAUUGCAGCUGGCAUGGAGUACCUCAGCUCCAAGGGCUUCCUGCACAGAGACCUGGCAGCCCGCAACUGCAUGCUGGGGGAUGACCUGCAUGUGCGCGUGGCGGACUUCGGGCUGUCCAAGAGCGUGUACAGCGGUAACUACUACCGCCAGAAGGUGGCCAUCCGCCUGCCCAUGAAGUGGAUGGCUAUGGAGAGCCUGGCCGAGUCCAUGUUCACCACCAAGACCGAUGUGUGGUCCUUUGGGGUGACGAUGUGGGAGAUCAUGUCCAGGGGGAGGACACCGUACCCUGGGGUCCACAACCACGAGCUCCUGGCCUACCUGGAAGCCGGCCGACGACUCAGCCCGCCUGCAGAGUGCGAUAGCAAGCUGUACGAGGUGAUGCUGAGUUGCUGGGAGAGUGACCCCGUGCGGAGGCCCGGCUUUGCGGAGCUCGGCCUCAGGCUUAAAGGCCUUCUGUCUGAGCUCCCCCACCUGGAGGCCAACAAGGAGGCCCACUACAUCAACAUGGGCCUGGAGGCGGCAGCAGCCGCAGCCAGCAGUCAGGGGGGCGCAUCCGGAGUGCACCCUGAACUGGAGGGGGAGGAGGAGGAGGAGGAGGGGGGCACCAACACGUUGGGCAAUAUUUAUUUGCCAGGGCCCGGCGUGGGCGUGCGGAGCUCUAUUGCUCCACAGGAGAUGGUGGAGCGUGAGGAGGAGGAAGGGGGUUUGGAGAGAGACGAGGAGGGAUAUUUGUUGUUUGUGAAGUGUGGUACUACCGGUACGUCGGAUGGACACAAGAGUGAGCACUUUGCAUAGACCAGAGAAGGUUUUAAAUGUGUUGUUGCACCUUCAGGACAGGAAUACUCAGGGUUCAUUGUUUCAUACAUGUAGGCUAUACAUUUUCUCUGUUAUUUUUGUUGUAUAUAUGCAUAUAGGCUAGGCUACAUGAUGUACUGUAAAUAGCCUACAUUUCUAUUUUUUGUUUUUAUUUUUAUCAUUUGUUUUUUAUUUUUCACAUUUCUGUUUUGUUUAAUUCCCUAUAUA